UUCCCUUUCUGCCCCCUCCUCUCCAUUCAGCCCACCUCCUGUUCUCCCUCCCUCUCUCUCCCCCUCCAUCCUUCCUCCUAGGGUAUCGACCCAGGCGACCCCAGACCCAGAAAUCAUAAGGUUCCUAAGAGAAGCUGAGUCAACCAACUCCCAGCCGCCUGCAAGUUAACAAGAGUAGCUCAGGGAAUUAGCACCAAUGUACUGUGAUCACCAGAGCAUGCUCCACAGGCUGACAAACAGGUUUUCCCAAGCCCUUAGCUGCACUUAAUUCCUGGAACCCUCAGUGGCCAGCUUCAGAGGGAGUCCACAGUCAACCUACAAGACAGUACAGCGACUGGCAGUGCCCAGGGGCUCCAGAAAGAUGUGCACCUCCCAAUGUUCUGUUACAGGGCUCGCUGUCAUUCAAGGAUGUGGCUGUGGGCUUUACCCUGGAAGAGUGGCAGUUACUGGACUCUGGUCAAAAGAAACUGUACCAAGAUGUGAUGCUGGAAAAUUAUAGCAACCUGGUAUCUGUGGGGUAUCAAGUUGCCAGCACAGAUGGAUUCCUUCUCUUGGAACAAGGAGAACCGUGGAUGGUACAGGAAGAAAUCCAAAGUCACAUUCAUUCAAAAGAUUCCUGGCAAGACAGUGAUGCUACAGAAUGGUGCCAAGAAAACCAGUGCAGCCUUGAAGCUUGCAAGAGAGACUCCAAACAUGAUGACCUUGGAAAAAUACCUCCUCCUAUUUCCCAGCAUGCCAUCUCUCCAGCACAGAGAUCUCCUACGUUUGAUACACUUGGGGAACAUUUGAAACCUAAUACAGAGCGCAUUGUCUGGAAUGGAAGCUAUACAAGAGAUGAAAUUGAACUUAAUGGAUGGGAUCAUUCUUUUCCUGAUAUUAAACCUGAAGAAAUUCAUACUGGAAAACAGCCCAAUGACCAUAAUGAAUGCGUGCAAACUGUCAGUCAUAAGUCAGAGCUCAUCAAACACUGGGAAGGUCAAGGAGAAGAGAAGCCUGGCUGCAGCAAUGAUAGGAAAACGUCUCCCCAGAAGUCACACCUCACUGAGCACCAAGUAACGCACACAGGGCAGAAACUCUACAGCUGCAAAGAAUGUCAGAAAUCCCUUGCCAAGGAGUCCCAUCUUACAUCACACCAGAGUACCCAUGUGCCUGAUAAGUGCAAUAAAUGUGGGAAAGUCUUUUCAGAUAAGUCAUGCCUUGAUAAACAUCAGAAAACUCACACAGGAGGGAAACACUUUAAGUGUCAGAUGUGUCAGAAAAGCGUCAGUGAAGAAUCACAACUUGCUUUACAUCAGAGAACUCAUAUAGAGAAGUCCUACCACUGUGGCGAAUGUCAGAAAAGCCUCAGCAGUAACUCACAGCUCAGUAGUCACCAGAGCGUCCACACAGAAGAGCAUCUCUAUGCCUGUGAUAAAUGUGGGAAAACUUUCCCCUUGAAGUUUAGCCUUAUUUUACAUCAAAAAGCACAUGUAGGUGAAAAACCAUAUGAAUGCAGUCAGUGUGGGGAAGCCUUUAACCAAAGAUCUGAGCUCGUUAGACAGCAGAGAACUUACACUGGGGAGAAACUUUAUCUUUGCAGUGAGUGUGGGAAACACUUUGGUGUGCAAUCAUUUUGCAGUGCCCCCGGGAGAACUAUGGGAGAGAAGAGCUGGAGAUGCCAUGAAUGUGGAAAAGCAUUCCCGAUCAAGUUCAGUCUCAUCCUACACCAAAGAACUCACGCAGGUACGAAACCUUAUAAAUGCAGUCAGUGUCAAAAAUCUUUCACCCAGAAGUCUUAUCUCACCACCCAUCAGAAGUCUCACACUGCAGAGGAACCAUAUACAUGCCUUGGAUGUGGGAAGAUGUUCUCUUACAAGUUCAAUCUCAUGAUUCAUCAGAGAAUCCAUGCAAAAGAGCAACUCUACGGACACAGUGAAUAUGGGAAGACUUUUCCCAUGCAGCGUAGCCUGGCUUUAUAUCAGAAAACACAUCCAGGAGAGAAACCCUCUACGUACAGUGAAUGCCAUAAAUCCCUUGGCCAGAAGUCCCAUCGCAUUACACAUCAAAGAACUCAAACAGGUGAGAAGACUUAUGAAUGUACUGAGUGUUGGAAAACUUUCUCCCACAAGUUCAGCCUCCUUCUACAUCAGAAUACUCACAAAGGAAAGAAGUCAUGAAUGCAGAGAAAGGGACUCGCUCUUUAUACCACAGAGCUUACCGAGGAAGUCAGCAAAUGUAGAUAAGCUUUCUCUUCAAAGUUACAUGUCAUUUCUGAUUAGAGAAUAGUGCCAGGCAGAAUGUAACCGUUUGAAUUUAGGCCAGAGGGCAUAAACAGGUAACGACAUCUGUAAAUGUAGUGAUUGUGUGGAUGUUGUCAGCACAAAGCUCAGCUGUACUGUGAUCAGAGAAUUAACAUUGAAGAAGAAAUUCUGCACCUAAAUGAAUCCAGGAUCACAGCUCAUGAAUUUCAGUUUAUGGGAAAAAUCAUUUUUCUUCUGUUUUGAUAUCGGCAGUAUUGUAGGAAGUAUUGGAUAUGUAAAUAAAUGUGCAUGUCAGAAGAAAAGCAAAUCAGAAUAAUAUUUGAAUAUGUAAGCAUUUUAUAUGUAUUUUGUUAUAAAAAUUAUUGUUCAUAUUUGGAAAUUGCAGGUGUUAGUAAAUCAUUUUUUGUAAGAAAUCUCAAUGCAGUGAUGGACAACUUUCCCUCCACUGUCCUUGGGCAUUUAUAAAUUGAUCUGGGUGGGCUGGGAUUUCCUUGACUAAAACCUUAUCGCCUCUGUUCUAAAAUAGACAUUCCCUCCAUGUAUUACUAGUGCUGACAUUAAAAUGUAGCAGAGGACAAGUCACUGGUUAUAGUUAUAGGAAAGUUUAGUGCUCAAAAUAGUGCCUUACUAUAUAACCAAAAAUGUCAGAGUGGAUGAAAUACGGAAAUCAUUAGAAAGGAUAUUGUUUAGACAACUGGGUACUUUAGCGUUGAGGAAGGUCACCCUUCACAGCUUCACAGAUUGUGUGCCCAUUUGAAUAUACAUGGACUGAGAGAUUGUCCCUGAUACUGAAUAGGGAGCUAUUUAAUAUUAAUGUAGUCAAUAUAUAUGUGUGUGUGUAUACUUAUACACAUAUAUAUAUAGAUGGAGAUGAUAGAUUAGAUAGAUGAUGGAUAGAUAGAUAGAUAGAUAGAUAGAUAGAUAGAUAGAUAGAUAUAACUUGAUUUGGAUAUUAUGGCUUGAUCCUGUGGUAAGAUAAAAUAUAUUUCUGUUUCUUUCACACACUAGGUAUGCUUCCCUUACAAAGAGCAUAACCCAAAUAUUAGAGUUGUGUUAGUGUCUUCCUUAGAAGGCAGGAAAGUCUAAAUUCUGUUUUUCUGUUUUUGGUUUUGGUUUGUUUUUGUUUUUGUUUUGUCUUUGAGACAUGGUCUCCUUGUAGCUCCAGCUGUCCUGGAAUUUACUAUGUAGACCAGGCUGGCCUC